AUGGCUCCCUCUAGAAAUGCCACCUGGGGCAAGUCCUUUGUGCGGAAACCCGGAGGCGCCAACUCGGGAGUGGGUAGGGACACCUCGAUACCGAUCCGGACAGAGGCGCCUCCGCCGCUACGGCAGCCUACCAGAAUGCAGAGGUCCAAGACGCUGACCAGGCCGGAACGGCAACAUCCCCAAGUACCCCUCAUCAAUCCACAAUCAUCAUCAGCAGCAAGUACAAGCGAGCCCGGGUCGCCCACCUGGAGGAUAUUCUCCAAGGUUCUGACAUUCUGGGCCCUGUCCCCAUGUCUGAGUGCUUGCGGCAUGAGGGACAAGGCGACGCAGCAGGCAUGGAGAGAAAAAGUCACGCUAGUCAGCCUUGCACUGACGCUCGGAGGAAUAGUAGGAUUCGUGACCAUUGCACUGAACAAGGUCCUAUGCCCGAGUACCGCAACGGCGAGUACCCGGUCAUUUGCCAGCAUCGGGUCAGGGUCAGGGACACUGGGGAUCGAUGGGUGGAAUUUCGACAUCAGCGCCGCCAAGCUCCCGGACUCCGCCCAGGUUGGAGUGGACCUCUGGACCAUGGCAGAUACAGUUUCCGGGUAUGAUGUCACUACUCUCUUCAACCGGACGGUCAAGAACGAUUAUCCGGCUUGCCAAAAUCAAACGGGAGCCUACGCGACCAGCACCACAUGCGAUAUGUCGACUGCUACGCUGACCAAGUGCGCUCUAGGCUACCUCAAUACGACAAAUCUCGCCACUCUUGGUAUGACGAACCUAACAAGACGGGUUGGCUAUGGCUGGGAGGAUCUCAAGAAUUCAACCUUCGCCAAUUAUCUAGUCAUUGAGGGUCAUGUUCUCAAUAUGAACCCGUAUCUGCUUGCCAAUCCAAAGGCUAUUGCAAACGAUUCGGUAGAUCUCGCAAUCAGAAGUCAGCUGCAAAACUUCACAGACAGCGGAGCCCGCGAUGCAACCAGGUACUUCUACACCAGUUCCGCCACCAAGAACGCGAUUCCGUGUAUGAUGGAAAAGUACAUGGCUGGCAGCAUAGACAAGAUAACACCAGGCUGCUUCGUCUCCGACAUGUUCCUCUACGUAUCCCUCUUGGCCAUUUUGGGCGUGGUUAUGAUCCGCUUCUUCAUGGCGCUGUAUUUCUCUUGGUUCCUCGCGGACAGGAUGUCCUCUGCUCCGCGGGAUGACGGCCAGAAGAAGGUGCCCCUCAACGUCCUGCCUCAGGAUGCGGCGACUGCAGUCAAUGCUUCCGGGGCCGCUCCCUGGGCAGGCAGGGACCGAGGAGUUGCCGCCUUCAACAAGCAACUCACACCCAUAGCCAAGAGAGCCUGGUCAGAUGCGGCUUCUUCAAGCCCUUCUGUGAAUACAGUCCUGACUGCCGAGACGAUCGGUAUCGAGCCGUGGAUCAUCAGUCUGGUCACGUGUUAUUCAGAGAACGAGGAAGGAAUUGGAACAACACUCACGUCGCUCGCAGACAGCGACUAUCCGGAUCACAAGAAGCUUCUCUUCGUUGUUGCGGACGGCAUGGUCACGGGUCAUGGAGAGUCACAAUCCACACCUGACACCUGCGUGGGGCUUCUUGAUGCUGAUACUCGCUUCGGUACACCAAUGCCCAUGAGUUUUGUCGCAGUUGCACAAGGAGCCAAAGCUCACAACAUGGCCAUGGUCUACGCUGGACACUACGCGCGUGCCUCGGGCGGCCGCAGGGUGCCAAUGGUGGUGAUCGUCAAGUGUGGUACACCCGAAGAGGCAGGCGAGGGGAAGCCUGGCAACAGAGGCAAGCGAGACUCUCAGAUGAUUCUCAUGAACUUCCUCCAGCGGGUGACCUACAACGAUCGCAUGACGCCUCUAGACUUCGACCUCUUCCGCAAGAUUCAGGCACUCAUGGGUGUCACUCCUGACUUCUUUGAGCUAGUCUUGAUGGUGGAUGCCGAUACCAAGGUGUAUCCUGCAGGCAUGCGGAAGCUGUCAAAUGCGAUGAUGAGGGACCACAUGGUCAUGGGAGCUUGCGGUGAGACUCGUAUCUCAAACAAGACGGCUAGCUGGGUGACUGCGAUCCAGGUCUACGAGUACUUUAUCAGUCAUCACCUCGUCAAAGCCUUCGAGUCUGUCUUUGGUGGUGUGACCUGCUUGCCAGGCUGCUUCUCGAUGUACAGAAUCAAGGCAAGAAAGCCAUCAGAUGACGACUGGGUACCUAUCCUUGUCAAGCCCGAGAUCACGAGGGAGUACUCGCAGUCGACUGUGUCGACGCUGCAUCAGAAGAAUCUGCUACUGCUGGGAGAGGACCGAUUCCUGACUACCACUCUCCUGAGAACGUUCCCCAAUCGCAAGAUGAUCUUUGUGCCGCAAGCUCGGUGCCGUACAGAGGUGCCCCACACAUUCAAGAUGCUCCUGUCACAGCGACGAAGGUGGAUCAACUCUACGAUUCACAACCUCAUGGAGCUCGUGCUAGUCAGGGAUCUCUGCGGGACUUUCUGCUUCUCGAUGCAAUUCGUCAUCUUCAUGGAUCUGGUCGGAACUCUGGUCCUACCCGUAGCUAUCUGCUUGACGUAUACUCUCAUUGUGUCCUACUGCCUCAACCCACCCAAGAACUUCUCCGAGGCUAUCCCGUUGAUGCUGCUUAUCGCCGUCAUUGGUCUACCAGCCUUCCUGAUCCUACUCGCAACAAGAAAGGUCGUCUACGUCAUGUGGAUGGGAAUCUACCUCGUCUUCCUGCCGGUCUGGAACUUUAUUCUCCCGACGUAUGCCUUUUGGCACUUUGACGACUUUUCCUGGGGUGAGACGCGGAAAGUUGCAGGUGAAGGAAAGGGAGAAGGCGGGCAUGGAGGUGGUGAGGGAGACAGCGUCUUUGCCGCUGCCAGUGUUCCCUUGCGAAAGUGGGAAGAUUGGGAGCGCAGUCGGCAGAACAGGCAGAAGCGGGCUGAGAAGCGGAGACGUGAGAUGGAAGCCCAAUUCGGUGGCAAAUUCUGGAACGACCAACAAGACCUGCGAUCACAAGGAUCUCACUCCCCUGAUGGAGACUACACUGGCGCGCCCCGCACUCGUCAUCCUCACUUCAGAGAGUCUGACACCUGGUCAGAGACGACUGAAGAGGAUGUGUGGGGUGCUCAUGUGGGAGUGUACGAGGAAGCGGCUCCGCCCCCUACUCAAGUGAUCCGCCAUACGAUGAUCAUUGAUGGAGACGGAACAGCAGAUGUGCUAGCGGCAGGAGAGCUCGAGGCCAUGUUGGAAAAGGAAGAGUUCGUCGCCGGAGAGGCAGGAGCCGGAGCUGCACCUCAGGGACAAUGGAAGCCAGGAGGCGAUCGUCUACAGCCCGUGCCACGAACCCUCUCUCUACGCUCUCAACCUCUCGCACCCAGUCGAGCACAGGCUCGCCGGUCCCAGCGGCAAUCCAAGAACCCUCGACCGCCGAUGCCCAAUGGUCUUGGUGGAGAUCCAGGAUAUCGUGCACCAGGAGCAAACGGCGCGACGUUCAUCCCCGCAGGAGGAGGAGGAGGAGUCAAUGCCCGUGCACCACCCUAUCGCAAUGGUUCCAGUCCAGCACCAGGCAGCUAUGAUCCUCUACGACAUCCAAAUGGUCGCAGUAGCCCUGCUGCAGUCAUGGGCUAUGGGAUGAAUGCCAGCACGACCAACUUCGAAGCAAGCAGGGAAGACGUCUCUCUCCUACGGGGAAACAUUUCCCCUCAACCACCCUCAAUAGGAGGACCUGUAGGCAACGGUGGUGGCGGUGGCGGUGGUGGUGGAUAUCAGCUACACGACCUAGGCCCAGGACCGGCAGUUGCGACGGGAGCUUCCCGCACUAGGAUGAUGCACGGAGCGCCAGUUGGGGCGGAUGGACAGCAGCAGCAGCACGCUCGGCAGCGCUCUAGCGGAGGAGGCCACGUUGGGUUUGCUACGGGCUCGGGCCCGCCUGGUGGCGGUGGUGCCGCUGGAGGCGGACCUGGGAGGGGAGGCAAUAGGAGCGCGUUUGGGAGGAGAUUGUAGAAGGGGAAAAGGUCGGACAGGUGAAAAGAGGGAGAGAGGGGAAGCUAGGAAGGAAGAAGCUUCAGCAGCUUGGAAAAGAGGAAUCAUUUCUCACUUGAUCGAUUCGGUUCAGUCCAGUCCAGUCCAGUGAACUUCAGUUCAGUUCAGUCCAGAGUUCAGUUUCUUUUUUUAUUCCAAUCCCGGGUCUUCACUUGUAUUCAGCACACACACACACACACAAACACACCACAACGCUCACAUUCACACACAG